GUACGUAAUGGAGUCGAUGUUCUUUUCGACAAGUUGUAAUUGAAAUAAUUAUAUAAUUUUCUACGAAAUAUCACAUAAAACUGUUUAUUAUUGUGUAUUACUGGAUUGCAGUGAAUGGUUAUAGAUAAUUUAUGGAUACCACACGUGAUAAAAAGCUUUCAAACAACCUCGUUUUAUCAAUGAACGAUGAACGUCUCAAUAUAAAAGCAAUAGUGUUGCGCGGACAACGCCAAUUAUAGUUUUGGCUGAGAACCAGGACGAGUGUUAAUGGUUUUGAGAGGGCACCUUUGUGGACCACAGUUAGAUGAAGGUAUGGCCUCAGAUCAACCUGUGAAAAAGAAACAGCGAAUUGACGCGCCAGAUAUUGAUGAAGGUAGUGACCGAUCCACGGAGGAUGUCCUCACUGACAUAUUUGAUUCUGAAAAUACCCCUGCUGAGACAUCUGAGGAGUUCCCAACUCGGAAUGGUGAGUCUCCAGACAGCGGGACGGUCAGCGAAGACGCUGUCGAUUGUUCCAGUCUCCUGAGACUUCCAAGCGACACCAAUGUAGAGAUCAUACCAUCCUGCUCCAGCUCUGCACCACACUGGUCUUCGGAGGAUGAUAAACUGUUGGCUGAGCUCAGAAUACUUCAGGAUGCACUGGUAGGUCAGUGUUUAUGUAGAUUUAAUGAGACGGCAGUAACCCAACUGUUUGACAGACAACUCAAUAUUGUUUCUUGGCCUUUGACAUGUUCCCUCACUUAUUUAUCCACAAUGCAGCUAAUGUUCGAUAUAUAUUUAAAACAAAACAGUACAGGUACCAUAUGUUCAAAGAUAAUGCAAGCAUGUGACAUAUUUGUUAGGAAUAGGCAUGAUUGGAUAACAGAGGUUGUAGAAUUGGCAGACCAUAAGAGUAAAUUCAUAACAUUUGUAGCCUGUAGAGUAUUAGCUAGCUUUCUAAUAGUGUCAAAAGAUACUGUUGAUGAGAAUUGGCUCCAGCAAAUUGCUGAAAACAUUUACCUGUUUGAUAGAAUCAAUAGGAUUACAGUACAAAAGAUAAACUUCAGUCUAGAUAUUAUAAAGAGGAUAGUUGAGUGGAAAGACGUGGAACAACACCCAUUGGAAGACAGUAGUUAUAUUAACUCGGGGAAUGUCCAAGUGCAGGAAGAUAAUCCCUUUAGAAGUACUGUUGGCUAUGGGGCUACUAGCAAUGACAUGCCCUCAAGUUCGCACAGUAACCUGCAAAAUGCAUUUUCGAAUCUACAAACACACGGUGCAGCCUCCACAUCAUCAGAACAAGGAGGACCAUCAACAUUCAGAUUAACUGAGCCAGUAUUAAAGUUAUCCAAUGAAAGAGACAUGGAACAAUCAGAAUCCCCAGAGCCUCCUCAAUCAAGGAUAGAGAGAGUGAAUGAACAUGGUUGUGUCACGGUUGUGCUCACUGACUCUGAAUCCUUCGACACAUCACAUAUAAAAUGCCUAACAAUAAAAACAUUAGAGCACCACUGGCCUGUGCUGGUAAAAAACAUGAAGCUUCUUCUUCUAAGGUACCUGAAUUUAGCAAAUGCUGAAAAUUGUAUACUAACCUUUUUCUCACUAUGGGAGAAUAUUAUUAGUGUAAAAGCGAAUCUCUCAGUAAUAGACACAAAACCAUUCUAUGCUGACUUGCAGGGCUUUGUAGAUCUACUACGAAAUACAGUGCUGCCAAGUCUAAUUUAUACUCAUUUACUCAGUUUGUUCAAUGAAGUUCUGUGUUAUGGUUCAACAUUAGCGCUACAAGAUAUUUUGCCUGAGGAGAUAUGCUGUCUAGCACACUCCAUUGUGAGGUUUGUUAAAGACUUCAGACUAUUAAAUGAUGUAAGAGUUCAGACUAGCAGAAGUGGUUUUGGAUUUUUAGGAAAUGAAUGCACAAUCCUAAGAGAUUAUAGUCUAGGCCCUGAAGUAGCGCCUUUAUCGUCUUCUAUUCAACUUGUAGAUCAGAGUUAUGGUGAAGAUGAACAUGACGAACCGCAAUCGAGAGGGGAAGUUGACAAAACAAUGCUACAAAGAAUGUCAUUAUUAGUUCUCAAAUCUGUAGCUGUUACAGUGAAAGAAAUGCGAUGCGAUUCCUCCGACAGUUCAAUAGAUUCUUCAGAUUACAAUGCGAUACAAGAUAUGCAAAUUGUAGAACGAUCGAUACGCGAUGUGCUCAAGAAACUAGAUGUUUUCAUCAGAAAUAGUCUUGAGUUCCAUCCUGAGACACCAUUUACGAAAAUGCUGAUACAUUUGUUCAGUGAACAGGAUGACUAUUUGAUUGAAUCCAUGGUGUGCACUCUUGAUAUUACAGUAGGGAUUGUGUACAGAAACUCAAUGUAUCCAGACUUAAUACCAAUGUUGAACCCAAUAUCUUCUUUCAUAGAAUUCUUAAAGGUAGUAUCACAUGACAGUGAUGUGUUGUUGGAUUAUUUGGUGAGCAACGAGACAUGUUUCUUGUUAUACUUACUCAGGUUUUUGAAAUAUGUGAGGAGGAAUUGGCCCAAGUUCUUGGAGACAUGUCAGCAGGCAGAUUCUGGUGGAAGCAGAGGUUUGGAUGACACCAUGAGGGUACUAAUACGAUUGAGAUUGCAGAUCAGUAGACUGGUGUCUAAGUCACUGUUCCCAUACAAUAUCAGUCCUGUGCUAAGGUUGUUGGAAGUGUGUGAGAGUUUGUAUGAGGGGAAUGAGUUUAGCUGAAUAUGCAAUAAAUAUCCGCUCUGAAAUUAAAUGAAAAUACAAACUGACAACAAUGCUAGACUGAAUGAAAUAUGAUAGACACAUUGCUGUUUAUAAAUCUAAAUAAUUACAGUCAACAUGUCAUAUGUAUGGUCUAGCUAUAGCACCAUUCUUGCAUUGAAAUAAACUUAUCUAAAAGACUGCCAACUCAUUAUACAUUCCAAACAUUGCUUAGUUUUGUGUAGUAAUUAGCUCUAUUUAAUUUAUAUUAAUUUGUAGUGUUGUAACAUUUUUGUAAUAUUAUGUGUAGCAUUAAUUGUAAUGUGUAAUUAUAUGUUACUCAGUCUUCCUUUUAGAGUAUGUUCCUUUAACGCAAUAUGUUUAAAAUAUUGGGGCACUGCGGUUCUUUUAUUAUGGUACAAAAAAAUAAUUUAAAAAAUUAAGUUAGGACUAUUUCCGUCUCUUUGGUUUGCAAAUUAGAUUGUAGCAGUGUUCCGAACAACGCCCAAUAAUGUGCCUUACCAUUAUGUAAUAUAGGGUGCUCAUUAAUAAAUAUUUUUAUGUAGUAAUAAAAUGUUUUCAAAAAUAUAUUUAUAUUAUAUUUAGGGCAGCAUGUUGCAUAAUAGAAUUAAAUAGUAGUUAUAGAAGUUUUUUAGAAUUAAUUUAUUUUAGUUUUUAGGUAAUCGGUUGUAUUAUAUAUUUAGUUUUGAUAUUGCAUAUAAAAUGCGGGUCUAUAACAUUUUUGUUUUAAACUAAAUUAUAUUCCAUGCCACAAUGAUGUACAUAAUUGCCAUCAAUUACCAUUUUAUAAGUAAAUGUAAUCAGUAUUAAUACAAUAUCCUAAUUUAUAUCUACAUUAUAAUAUAAUAAAUAUCUCUGAGGUUUGGUAGACUUAUUAGAUGUAUCAUCAAUAGCAAUGUAAUAUUAUUUCCAAUCAAACUUAAACUUAACACUAAAACUUAGAUUUUGAAGUGUAGAAGUAUGUCAAAGCUAUGCCACAACCCACGGCCUCACAGAAAACCAGCGUGAAACAACGCUUGCGCUGUGUUUCGCCUUGUGACUCAUGUCUCAAAAAUGCCGGUAACGCACUUGUUACUCCUCAGGUAAUCCGUCCGCUACUCCUUUACCUCUACGUCGCCUACUUAUCCCUUCACUCUCAAUUUCUCUUCCUUUUUACUUUUUAUGAUACAUCAAAUAAGUGUACCUAACACAAAACCAUACUUCGACUACGGGAUCUUAUAUGUUUUAUAAUAGCUUUAAGUGAUAGAAAGAACUACAACAGACUGUUAUGUAGGUAUAAAUGUGUCCAUUUUGUUACUUCCAUUUAGUUAUUAAGAUGUUAUAUUAGUAUUUUUUUAUUCAUCGGUUAUUUGAUAUGAAUACUGAAUCUCAAAAUUGUGGACCUCUUAUCUGCACUCCAGUUUAAAGUUUUAUCAACACGAAUUUUUAUUUAACUACUCAGAAAAAUGACGAAGUUCUAAUUAAUGAACGGAAUGAAAUAAGUUUUGGUACUUAGAUAUUAUUAAUUAUGUAUUUUUAAUACCCUGAUCUUGCCAACAGUACUACCGUAAACUUGCUAGGUUUUUAUGUCUGUAAUACUUAUGUUUUUUUUUUAAGAAAAAAUGCAGUAUCAUUAUUUUUAUUUGUUAUAAUUUCAGUAGUUGUCAAGAGGCUGAAAAAUUAACUUUACACUACACACUAUUUUGCUAACUCCUUUUACAUAUUUCAUUAAAAUUACCUAUUGAUUGAUAUUUACAUCACAUAUUUUGGCUUUUUAACAUCCUGAUUUGUGUAAAACUAGUUUUAUGAAGUGAAAAUUCAAAAUUUUGUAUUUAUAAGCAGUAAUUUAAGUACUUGUUAUUGUUAAGUAACAAUAAUUUAAUUUAAAUAACGACAUUAAAUGAAAUAUUUUUGUACAUGAUGACAAAUAUCUGGUUUUAUUUUUAUCUAACUAAAGGUAUUGGACUGUUAACCUGACCAAAAUGAGAAUUUUUAAUAAGCACAAUUAAUCACUUAUUUUACAAAUAUGGAAACGCGCAAAUUAUUCCUGUAUUACCAUAAAAGUGCACAGACUUUUGCAAGGCCUUUGAUAAUGUUCACAUUGCAAGUUUAGAAAUUACUUCCUAUACUUUUCAUAGUUAAUUGUUUAAAACAUUAGAUCGGUUAAAAAAACAUUUAAUAACGCAUUUCCCCAUCAAUGAAUAGCAAUUUUAGUUAAUUUACACCAACAUUUUUAAUGGCGUUCCUCAAGGCUUUGACGUAGGUCCAUCUCGCUUAACGUUAUGGGAUGGUAUUUUAACGCGACCGGAUGUUUUAUAUUAACGUGCCCAACCCUAAGCCCUCGGGCUACUUU